AUGAAGACCAGUUGGCACAGUUCAGGGGUGGUAGGAGGUGCCUUGUGGAGCUGGGCUUCCAGCAGUGCUGACUUGGCUCCUCUUCCCUCACCCAGCAAGCGGGACGUGGUGGCUGCCAACUUCUCCCUCCAUGAGGCCCACUGCUUGCGCUUCCUGACCAUCUGCCCCAAGUGUGAGGAGCCGGUGGUGCUGAAGGACAUGGCGGAACACCUCGCUACAGCCCAUGAACAGGUCAGAUGCAAGCGCUGCCACCAGGCAAUGCAGCGAUACUUACUGGAGCACCACGAGGCUGAAGACUGCCCCGAGCGCCUGGCCCAGUGCCACUUCUGCGAGCUGGAGGUGCCCUUCCGCCAGCUGCAGAGCCACCUCAAGGCCUGCGGCAGCCGGACCACCCCGUGCUGGGACUGCGGCAAGUACAUCAUGUACAAAGCCCUGGAGGACCACAGCCGCACCUGCCGGGAAAACAAGGUGCUCACUGGCCCCGGGCCCAAGGCCAAUCUGUGCCAGAACUGUAACAGCUGGUUCCCCGACGAGAAGUACCUCCAGCACCUGAACGAGUGCAGCCCCCUCUCGCAGCUCCUGGGGGCCCUCAGCACCCGAUCAUCCACCUCCCCUCCUUCCCCCUCGAGCCCCCUGACCCCAGCCACUCCGCCCCCCACCCCGAGCCCUGCAGCCGAGAAGGACGUCCGGCCCAAGGUGAAGGAUAAGGAGCUGUCCUCCCUGGGGAGACCCUCGAUGAAGCCCUCUCGGCCCAAGAAGUCCUCCAGCCGGCCAGCCUUCACCUCCACCCUACCACAAGCCCUGGGGGACGAGGAAGAGGCCGCCACAGCCUAUGACCAGCUGGCCACCUGUUCCCAGUGCAACAUCCUCCUGCCCAGGCCCACCCUGCAGAAGCACGAGAAAAAGUGUCGACGGGGAGCUUCUUUGCAGGCCCUGCGACGGAGCCCCCGGAUCCUGAGGAAAGGAGAGGAGUCGAAGUAGAGAGACAUCCCUCUUGCAGGAAGAUCCCAGGGCAGCGGCAAUGACAUCUCCCACCACUGGGCGUUGGGCCAGCUCAGAUUUUUUUGCCUCCCUGCAGGAUCAGGUUCAAAGUAAAGCGCUUUGCAACGCACAAGCCCCGCUCUGCCUUAUUGAGAAUAAAAGAGCUACGAUUCGCACCCGUGA